AUAUGAAAUGCCGUAUGUGCUUUGUAUUCCAUGGCUACACCCGACGUGUAGGGGGCUAGCGGCAGCCGAAUGCAGCAGACAAACCCAACGAGUUAGAGUCGCAUCGAUUCCCGCAGUAAAUGGGGUUAUUUUCUACUUCUCGUCAACUAACACUGCACUUGCAGCUUUUACGAUCAUUCCACUGAACUUUCAAUCAACCCUGCACUCGCAGCUUUUACCCCCAUUUUACUGGAUUCUGGUGGCAUGGCAUACUGAUGAAUGAGCGGCUGUAUCUUGCAGUUGCCACCUCUCCAGGCCAGAAGACUGUCUAGAAUUCAGGGACGUUCAGCUUUCAGAUGCCA